AUGGACUCACUGAACGGGAGCGGGAUGGACGCGUUCUCCGUGGUCCAGCUGAACGGGACGUGGGGCCAGGACAGUGGAUACUCCUCCGCGUCCAUCGCCAGCAUCGCCGGGCUCGUGAGUUUCCUCAUUCUCUUUACGGUUGUUGGAAAUAUUCUGGUGGUGAUCGCGGUGCUGACGAGCCGCGCGCUCAAAGCUCCACAGAACCUGUUUCUGGUGUCUCUGGCCACGGCGGACAUCCUGGUGGCCACACUGGUCAUGCCCUUCUCUCUGGCCAACGAGCUCAUGGGCUACUGGUAUUUCGGGAAAGUUUGGUGCGGGAUUUAUCUCGCUCUGGACGUGUUGUUUUGCACGUCGUCCAUCGUGCACCUGUGCGCCAUCAGCCUGGACCGGUACUGGUCCGUGACGCAGGCGGUGGAGUACAACCUGAAGCGGACUCCGCGGCGCGUAAAGUGCAUCAUCGUGAUCGUGUGGCUCAUCUCCGCCUUCAUCUCGUCCCCGCCGCUCAUUUCUAUGGACGGAGACAGCGACGCGUCCCAGCCUCAGUGUGAGCUCAACGACGACACGUGGUACAUCCUGUCCUCCAGCACCGCGUCCUUCUUCGCGCCCUGCCUCAUCAUGAUCCUGGUCUAUGUGCGGAUCUAUCAAGUGGCCAAAACCAGGACCCGGAGCCUGUCCGGGAAGAAGCCGAGGCCCGACGGGGUCACGCAGACCGAGAACGGACUGAGCAAAGGCGAGAGGGGCGAGAACGGACACUGCCACUGUCCCCCCACCCCCAGCCAGCGCACGGUGACCGCGGGGCCGCACACCGAGGACGCGGAGCUGGAGGAAAGCUCCUCGUCAGAGGGCAAAGGUCACCACGUCCCCCCGCUGGAGCCCAGCGCCAUAAAGAGCGCGAGACAGAACUCUGUGUCCAAACAGUGCGCGCGCAUCUCCAGGGUCAGCAACAAGUCCAUGGACCUGUUCAUGUCCCGCAGGAAGCGCCGCAGGAGCUCAGUGGCGCAGAAGAAAGUGCACCAGGCCCGGGAGAAGAGGUUCACGUUCGUCCUGGCCGUGGUCAUGGGGGUGUUUGUGUUGUGCUGGUUUCCCUUUUUCUUUAGUUACAGUUUGUACGGGGUCUGCAGAGACUCGUGUAAAAUCCCCGAUCCUCUGUUUAAAUUCUUCUUUUGGAUUGGCUACUGUAACAGCUCCCUGAAUCCUGCCAUCUACACCAUCUUCAACAGAGACUUCAGACACGCUUUCCACAAAAUCCUCUGCAAGUCGUGCAAAAAAUCGUUCUAA